AUCUUUAAUUUCUUUGUCUUGUCUUUAUUUUCCUUCUACUAUAUAUAAAUAUACAAGUAUAUAAAGUCCUUAUUGUUACAUAUAAUUUGAUCAUAUAUUAAUAAGUAUGGGGAGAUCUCCUUGUUGUGAGAAAGAGCACACAAACAAAGGUGCAUGGACUAAAGAAGAAGAUCAACGUCUCAUUCACUAUAUCAAACUCCAUGGUGAAGGUUGCUGGAGAUCUCUUCCCAAAGCAGCUGGUUUGCUUAGAUGUGGUAAAAGUUGUAGGCUUAGAUGGAUAAAUUACCUUAGGCCAGAUUUGAAGAGAGGGAAUUUCACAGAAGAUGAAGAUGAACUCAUCAUCAACCUUCAUAGCUUGCUUGGAAACAAGUGGUCUUUAAUAGCAUCAAGAUUGCCCGGUAGAACAGAUAAUGAAAUAAAGAAUUAUUGGAAUACUCACAUCAAAAGAAAGUUGUAUAGUAGAGGAAUCGAUCCACAAACACAUCGACCACUUCUACUCAUGUCUACUGCUACUACUACUAAUAAUAAAACUAGUACUAGUACUAGUAUUCUUCCAGUAACGAAAACUAGUACUAGUACUAAUAGCAGUAGUAGCAGCAGCAGCAGCGAUCAUGAUCACCGUGAUCAUAACAAACUUAUUAUGUUUGAGAAGAGUAAUAACAUUCCCAAUCCCAACACCAACUUACUACUUCAUCAUCAUAAUCAUCAAGUUGGGAUUAUUGAAAGGAGUAGUAGUAAUAAUAGUAGUGAUCAUCAUCAUCAUAAUCGAAAUGAUGUUAUUAUAAGUGAUACACAACAUGGGCUCAUCAACUUGGACCUCUCCAUAGGCCUACAACCAUUUGGGCUCCCUACUCCUACUCCCACUACUACUACUACUAGUACAAGUACAAGUACAGAGCAAAAACAACAACAACAACAACAACACUUGUUUACUACUCAUGUGUGUUUGUGUUACAAUUUAGGAUUGCAAAAAAGCCAAUCAUCAUCAUUAUGUAACUGCAAUAGUAAUAUUAAUACUACUACUCAUGACUCUGAGUCUCAGUCUCAUCAAAGAGUAGUAAAACCUGUAUUAGUACCCACCACCACCACUACUACUACUACUACUAGUACUCCUCAUAGUAAUUAUCUCUAUACAUAUUAUACAACAACUAGUACUACCUAAUAUAAUGGUUGAUAAAAAAAUCUCUCUUUGGCUUCACUAUUCUCAUCUCAACUUAAAUUUUUGUAUGUAUUACGUACUUGUUACCAACCUAGAUAUAUAUAUGUACACUCAUAAUAUACAUGUUUAGUACUACUAUAAUAUUUUUAUAUAUUAAUGAUUUCUUA